AUGACAAAGUGCCUCGCCGUCGCGCUUCUGCUACUGGUGGCGCUCGCGUACUGUGACGGCAGGGAGCUGAACCAGAAGGAUCAGGCACUAGCAACGCCACGCGGUGCCGGUGCCGGUGGUGCCGUCGACGAGUCGAAGGUGCUGGGGCUGCCAGACCUGCCGGUCGUCGGAACCGUUACCGGUACCAGCACCAUUACCGGCCCGCUGGUGGUGCUUCCAGGGAUCCCUGCUCACCCAUGA